GGGGAAGCAUAGACGUAGCAUUCGAUUUUCAUCCCGUACCUUAGACGUCCACAAAUCGAUACCAUCUGUAAUAGUUCUGCCAGUUGUAGGUUGAUGCUCCGUUCAAGACAAGUAUUUUCUUUUUUUUUCUAAAUGUGGUGGCGAUCAUAAUGCUAAAAGUAAUUCUAAAACAAAUGAAAGAUACUUGUAAUAAGUUCGUGAGCUCUAGUGUAUUAUUAUAGUGGCAUAAUCUUAUAAGACACUUUUUUUUUCAAAGGAUUAACUAUAAUUUGCAGGUGUUUUGCAAAUUCUUAUUAAGCUCUGAAUACAGUUCUGGGAGAUUUUGUGAGUGUGUGUUUUUGUUAUAAUAGUUUGUGAAAUAAACAUUUCAAGAUCAGCUGAGCAGUGAGCUUCAUUGAAAGAGUUGACGGCUUCCUGUGUGUGAGCAGACGAACGGGUUCCGCGCAUGCGUUUGUGGGGGGAAAUUAUUUCUUCAUGUUAUUGGGUAGAGCUCAUUUUCACCAUGGCUAAAUUUCAAAAUACCGGACAUGUUGUCAUUGCAGUUCUGUUUACAACGGUGAGUAGUUUCCAUCGGAUAUUGUUAAUAUGUUUGUUUAGUGAUUGUAAAAAAAAGGGGAGUGUUUUCAAAUGAGUGGGUUUAUUUACAAUUUAUAGACACUUAUAGCGAAAGGUCAGAGAGAUAUCGAGAGCUCGAGGUACAAUGGACAUUUAGUAUUUAUAAAGGAGAAAUAGUUCUUAGACUAUGUGUUAACAAAAAAUAUUUAAAUAAUCUUGAGACCUUAUAAUAUAUGUCAUUUAAAAAAUAUAUAUAUAUAAAUGUGUAUAUAUAUGAUAUAUAUAUAUAUAUAUAUAUAUAUAUAUAUAUUAUAUAUACAUAUAUAUAUAUAUAUAUAUAUAUAUAUAUAUAUAUAUAUAUAUAUAUAUAUAUAUAUAAAAAAAAUAUAUAUAAUAAAAAAUAUAUAUAUAUAUAUAUAUAUAUAUAUAAUAUAUAUAUAUAUAUAUAUAUAUAUAUAUAUAAUAUAUAUAUAUAUAUAUAUAUAUAUAUAUAUAUAUAUAUAUAUGCAUUUAUAUAUAUAUAUAUAAGUAGGAAACAUACCAAGAGCUCAUCGGGUUAGCAAACUUACCAGCGUAGGCCUACAUACAUUUAAAUUCAGGGCUCUGUCAAAAACAGUUCCCAAAAGGACUAUUCAAUUUUCAAAUAGUUCUCCUAUUAAAAAAAAAAGAAAUCCAGAUUUUAAAAUAAUUCCCGUAAACAUUGAAUUUGAGGGUCAACCCCUUAUCAGUACGGUAAUUAUUCAUGUUGGGCACAGACAAAAUCCAUGAUUUAAAUACCAAUCGAAAUUUUAAAAGAUUUCAUAUUUAAAAAAAAAAAAAUAUUGACACAUGUAAAAGCUGUGGUCGUUCAUCAAUUAAAAUAAAAAUUGAAUUUCCGGCACGGGGACCCAUUCUAAGAGAGCCCCUUUUAGUUCUACCCCAUAUUAAAAUAUUUUUUUUUUUUAAUUUCACUGUCAAGGUCAUGAAUGUUUAAUAGGACACGUGACCUGCUGUCAUUUAUAAAUCUAAUGAAGGCGUGUCUCGAGGACCUACGCGCUCAUUGUUCGAAAAAAAGUUAAGCAUAAUAAAUUAUGAUGAGAACUUGAGGUCACUGGAGCUGUAGUAUAUUUGGAUAGAGAGAUGCGGAGAACUUGAGGUUACUGAAGCUAUAGCAUAUUUGGAUAGAGAGAUGCUGAGAGCUUGAGGUUACUGGAGCUGCAGUAUAUUUGGAUAGAGAGAUGCGGAGAACUUGAGGUUACUGGAGCUGUAGUAUAUUUGGAUAGAGAGAUGCUGAAAACUUGAGGUUACUGAAGCUGUAGAAUAUUUGGACAGAGAGAUGCUGAGAACUUAAGGUCACUGAACCUGUAGUAUAUUUGGAUAGAGAGAUGCUGAGAACUUGAGGUUACUGGAGCUGUAGUAUAUUUGGAUAGAGAGAUGCUGAGAACUUGAGGUCACUGGAGCUGUAUUAUAUUUGGAUAGACAGAUGCCGAUAACUUGAGGUCACUGGAGUUGUAGUAUAUUGAGAUAGAGAGAUGCUGAGAACUUGAGGUUACUGGAGCUGUAAUAUAUUGAGAUAGAGAGAUGCUGAGAACUUGAGGUUACUGGAGCUGCAGUAUAUUUGGAUAGAGAGAUGCGGAGAACUUGAGGUUACUGGAGCUGUAGUAUAUUUGGAUAGAGAGAUGCUGAAAACUUGAGGUUACUGAAGCUGUAGAAUAUUUGGAUAGAGAGAUGCUGAGAACUUGAGGAUACUGAAGCUGUAGCAUAUUUGGAUAGAGAGAUGCUGAGAACUUGAGGUUACUGGAGCUGUAGUAUAUUUGGAUAGAGAGAUGCUGAGAACUUGAGGUUACUGGAGCUGUAGUAUAUUUGGAUAGAGAGAUGCUGAGAACUUGAGGAUACUGAAGCUGUAGCAUAUUUGGAUAGAGAGAUGCUGAGAACUUGAGGUUACUGGAGCUGUAGCAUAUUUGGAUAGAGAGAUGCUGAGAACUUGAGGUUACUGGAGCUGUAGCAUAUUUGGAUAGAGAGAUGCUGAGAACUUGAGGUUACUGGAGCUGUAGUAUAUUUGGAUAGAGAGAUGCUGAGAACUUGAGGUUACUGGAGCUGUAGUAUAUUUGGAUAGAGAGAUGCUGAGAACUUGAGGUUACUGGAGCUGUAGUAUAUUUGGAUAGAGAGAUGUUGAGAACUUGAGAUGUAGUAUAUUUGGAUAGAGAGAUGCUGAGAACUUGAGGUUACGGGAGCUGUAGUAUAUUUCGAUAACGUCUUUGUAGCAGCAAUCAGUCCGCUGAGGAAACUAUAGUUAUUAAAUUCUUUAUAUUAAAUUCGCUUUUGUUCUUGUGCUUCUGUGUUUAAGGCAAAAAUCUCCGGGCGACAAAAUUGAUCCUUUUGACGUCAUCCUAUUGAAACUUGGCACAUAGACUCGCUCCCGAUAACAACACGUUCUAUCAAAUUUUCACCCCCAACCCCCAACCAAAUCAUAUAGAAUUUGACAAAGAUGUUGCCUUUAAAUUCUUUUGUUAAUAUUUGGGCCGUAUGUACACUCUAGAGUGUUAAAAGCCAUUACGUGUUUUUGCAGUCUGGUUUAUGAGCAAGCCGAUAAUGAGAUAUGUGAUUGUUAUAAACCACCCCCACCCCCUCACCUCCCGCUUUUCCCACUGUAUUCAAUAAGCACGUGCUUGGUCUAUUGUUUUGUUUUUCCACCUUCGCGCCCGAUACAACGACAUGGGCCUCAUUGUGAUAGACCUACAUAGUCCAAGGUGAAGGCGCCAGUCAUCGUGAUCUCACUGAUUAACGUGACAUCGACCCGGGAAGUACAGACCGGUCCCUUGUGGUUGACAGGGUGUGGUGGGUAAAGGUGCAUCAUCGUACACAACGUCGACACAAGCCUACACAGCAUGGACGGCAUCUAUCUCAAACAACACAUCCUUCCAAUUGGACCAGUACAUGGCCUUUUGUUUUAGUUGUCUCUAUUCACGGAUCCCCCCAGCCCAGUGAUUCUCAACCUUCCUAGUGCUGCGACCCUUUAAUACAGUUUCUCGUGUCGUGGCGACCCCCAGCCGCACAAUUAUUUUCGUUGCUUUUUCAUAGCUGUAAGGAUAUGUGUUUUCAGAUGGUCUUAGGCGACCCCUGGAAAAGGGUCGCGCGACCCCCAAAGGGGUCGCGACCCACAGGUUGAGAACCGCGGCCCUAGCCGUUGUAGAUAAGCCUCGAUAUCAAGCACUCUGUUUCCCAAUCUUGGUAGUAUUAGCUAUAUCUUUACACUUCUCUGAAUAAAUAUUUCCAUAUUCAUUUUGAAUGUUUAAAAAGUAGAUAAUUACGAAGUGACCUAUGGUUCAAUGCAGGGAAAAUCGGACACAAUUGAACCUCACUGAAACUGUGAAAACACCUCUCCCCCGCCACCACCCCCCCUCCCACGUCUGUUACUCCUCUAUCCCAAAAUGAAAGCCACGUUUCGACGGUCGCGAGGAAUUUAAACAGUUUGUAAGAUGACAAGUCAUUUCAGCACUCAUAUGUCAUUUCGGCACUCAUAUGUCAUUUAAGCACUCAUCUGUCAUUUCUGCACUCAUAUGUCAUUUCGGCACUCAUAAGUCAUUUAAGUACACAUGUCAUUUAAGCACGCAUUUGUCAUUUUGGCACUCGUAUGUAAUUGGGCACUAACAUGUCAUUUCGGCACUCAUAACUGGUUUUGGUGGUUUAUUUCUUAUAUUUUUUUCUCAUUUUGGUUAAGGGUUGGGGGGGGGUGGUGUUGGAAGGUAACAUAGUUUUCUGAGGCAGUCUUUCUGGGGUUGUCGGAUCGCUGCUUGUCCACAUGGCGAUAAGUGUCCAACCCAUUAAGACUAGGGUGAAAAAAAGACAAUUUGUAAUAAAAAUCCCAAAAGGAUCUAAGUAAGAUAUGAUCAGAACACAAAUGUAAAUUUUCGAGCCGUUGAGAAUUCUUUAUAAAUGUAACAACUUAUUAACAAAACAAGAUCAUUAACCGUCCUGCGUUUUUUUUCAAAUUCUCAGAUUUCUUUCACAUCGUCAUAUCCCGCACUGAUCGAAGAUUUUAAGCUGAUCGCCCCAGACGACAAAGUCACAUCAGAACUUGACCUGUCCAGACAGAAGCGCACGCUCGAGAACGAAACUCUGUCGCGACAGAAACGAGUGGAUCUCGAGGGUGGGGCAGAUACCUCCAAAAAUGAAGGUUCUGUCAGGGAAAAUCUCGGGCAGCUGUCGAGGCAAAAGCGAAUGGAAGACGACGACGGUCAAUCAGAACUGCUCUCGAGACAGAAGCGACUCAGCUUUGAAGGCGAGUCCACGCUUUCGAGACAAAAACGGAUUGAUGAGGAUGAGGGAGCAGACGUUUCAAAGGAAGAUCGGUUAGCGGCUGAGGAAGGCCUACAGCUGUCCAGACAGAAGAGGAUUGAUGCGGACGAGGGGGCAGACGUUUCAAAGGAGGGGCGGUUAACGGCUGAAGCAGAGCUGCAGCUGUCUCGGCAGAAACGUUUGGAAAAUACAUUAGCGGAGUCAACUCGAGAAGAAGGACUUUCGAGACAAAAGCGGCUCCAAGUCUAGGCAGAAGUCUAUCGGGCAUGAUAAGAAGGCUUCUGUCAGGAGGCUGCUGCCAGCCCCAAUCUCUGUGCAUUGAAUAAGCGUGUUUACUCUCCAGACAAAGAAUUAAGAUAUAUUUACUUUUUUGUUCUUUGUUGUAAUAUGACGUCAGUUAUUUAUGUAACCAUGUUUCUAUAAAUAUCUUCACUGUUUGCUAAAAACCUUCAUCUACUUAUAUUUAAAUCAAUAUGAAACAGUAUCUCCUCCCCUCAAUUUUAAAUCUCCUUUAUUGAUUGCAUAUCAUAUUUUUUUAAAUGUUAAAAUUAAAGAUCAUGACGGAAAUACGGAAACUAUAUUGAAACAAAUUAAAUGAACUCAUUUUGGUGCAGGUUGAUAAAAUAUAGAUUUUUAAAUAUAUAAAAUAUAGACAUCUUUAUCAUUUGUAAAUCGACCCUGAUCAAUUUUUUUUAAAUUGUAUUAUUAUUUUUUUUUAAAGAUAGACUGAUAGAUGAAGCAAACAUCUUUUACCUUUAUAGCUUAAAAUACUGACUCAAAAUACGUUCUUUUCUUGAGCAUGACACUAUCAAGAAUGAAAGGCCAUAUUAUUUCAAUAUUUCAGACAGAGUAACAUGACAAAAGCUCUGUCAUGUGUCAUGCCAAUAACAUUGACAAAGUUACGAACAUUGGCUACUUGUAUAAAUAAAACAAUCAAAAUAAUCAUUUUAGUCCAGUAAGAUGCCAUGUUUUUAAAAUAAUUUGAAGGGCUCAAGGGAAAAACCACUGAUGUCAGGUUUUGAGAGUUUGGAGAAAAUUGAAUUUAAAGUUUGAAAAUUCCUCAUAAAGGUAUGAAAAUAUCAAGAUAUCUACGUAUUUAUUUAUUGACUACGCUGCUUUUCAGUUGGACCUAUGUAUCAUAUUAUUCUAUUAAAUGGAAUGUAGCCACAAGGGAGAUAACGGAAAUUUUGACAAACUGACAUCACUGGUUUUUUCCUUGAACCCUUCAUUUGUAUGUUUUAAAUUUUUUAUUUAAAAAAUGGGUGUUAAAUUUUAGUUUUUGGAUAUUCCCAUGCAAAUGUAAAAAGAGUUCAAAUGUUUAUUAAUUAAUUUUUUUAACGGUUUUCGGACAUAUUUGCCCCGCUCUGAAAUUACAAGUUUCAAGCAAUUUCUCUCCAGUGUUACCUUCAAUAGUUUCAAUAAACGAAUUGUUGGUGGGCUUUUUUUAUCAGAAGGAAAUAGUCUAAGUAAAUAUACACAGUUAUACAUUUUAAAGUAAGAAAGAAAUAAAUGCCGAAAAUCCUGACAUGUGUAGGCUAUGAAAACUGAAUAGUUGAGAAGAGAUGGUACAACAUGUGUAGACUAUGAAAACUCAAUAUUUGAGAAGAGAUGGAACAACAUCUGUUGGAAGAUGGGCAAUUUGGG